AUGGCCGGGAGGAAUCACACGGUGGUGACAGAGUUCCUCCUUACUGCCUUCGCUGAGCACCCCGAGUGGGGGCUGCCUCUCUUCCUGGUAUUUUUGAGUUUCUAUUUCGUCACUCUGCUGGGGAACGCGGGGAUGAUCGUCCUGAUCCACAAAGAUCGCCAGCUCCGCACCCCCAUGUACUUCUUCCUGGGCCACCUUUCCUUCGUGGACAUGUGCUACUCCUCUGUCAUCGUCCCCCAGUUGCUGGCUGUGCUCCUGCACCACGGCACAGCCAUCUCGCGGGCUCGCUGCGCAGCUCAGUUCUUCCUCUUCACCUUCUUUGCGUCCAUCGACUGCUACCUGCUGGCCAUCAUGGCCUACGACCGCUACGUGGCCGUGUGCCAGCCCCUGCUCUAUGUCGCCGUCAUGACCGAGAAGGCCUGCCGGGGCCUGGUGGCCGGGGCUUACGCGGCUGGCUUCGCCAGCGCCUUCGUGCGGACGGUCACGGCCUUCAGCCUCUCCUUUUGCGGAGACAACGAGAUCGACUUUAUUUUCUGCGACCUCCCCCCGCUGUUAAAACUCACCUGUGGGAACAGCUUCACCCAGGAGGUGGUGAUCAUGGUGUUUGCCGUUUUUGUCAUGCCCGCUUGCGUGUUGGCCAUCUCGGCGUCCUACGUGUUCAUCGUCGUGGCCGUGGCGCAGAUCCGCUCGGCCGGGGGUCGGGCCAGGACCUUCUCCACCUGUGCCUCGCACCUGGCCGCCGUGUCGCUCUUCUUCGGGACCCUCAUCUUCAUGUACCUGCGGGACAACGCGGGCCAGCCCUCCCAAGAGGACCGGGUGGUGUCUGUGCUCUACACAGUGGUCACCCCGAUGCUGAACCCCCUCAUCUACAGCCUGAGGAACAAGGAGGUGAAGGCGGCUGUUAGGAAGGCCCUGAGCAGGCCGGAGGCUGCCGGGAGACCCUAG